AUGAGCUAAGUGACCAAACAGAUUUAUUCGUGCUUAUCACUGAACGACGGAUAUGACACUAAGGUUCAUUUGGGGAUAGUCUGAGGCUGCAAACUGACUGACUGCAAAACACUGAGAAAAUUAAAUAGAAAACCUGGCAUGCCAGAAAGCAGGUAAGCACAUGCUGACAUCUCCACCUGUGUGCCUGACAUUUCCGCGAAGUGUUUAGUUUUCAAGAAAUCACAGUCUUCCAAGGUUUUGUGACAGAGUACAAGCAAUAACAAUAAUGCUGGUAAAGGAGGUUCUUUUUCUCUGCUAGGUGUUUAAUUGAAAAACUCAUACAGUGGCAACUUAAAACAUAAUUUUAGAGGAAUGAAAGACAGGUCUCUCUUAUCUAUGUACUCGUGGAUUAAAUUGAAUAUGACCAUCCUUCCCAAGUUACAAGAAAAAAGUAUUCCACAAGUAGCAAGCAGUUCCCUUCUCUGACAUCCUUGUGCCCACCAGAUCGUGCAGCUUUCCUAGUACCCUGCACACGAAGCCUGGCUUUUGAACCAGCUUGAACAUCUUCAGAGCAGCCAGGCUUUGUAAAAGCAAGGGUUUAUUUAGCUCCAUGUCUCAUUUCUAACAGAAGCCUACCGUAAGUUACAAAGGAAGAGCCAAAACUAUGAAUUUACUCGAUUUUUUAUACCAUGGAGAAACUGAAAUAGUAUCCAUUUAUCCUAACACUGUUAGCAUGAUCAUGUUUUAGAGAAUUCUACUCAUUCCAAGCAAAAAUUGUCAUAUAAAUUAAUGGUUAAUCCACUUGAACUCAGUAAGAAAUUCAGUAAGUACUCUAGAACAUUAAUAUCCCUCCCAUGUUUUUAUUAUAGUCCAACCAAUUACAAGCAUUACUACUAUCUCCUGCUUGAAAAAGCGAGUUGCUAAUGUCAAAUAACACUGUACCUUAUGAGUCUAUAUGGUUCUUUACACUCUAAGUGUGUCACACUUUUUGUUGACUUUCUGUUAUUCAGUGCAGAGGGUAAGAUUAAUUGCUCAUGCUGCUCCCCCAAGGAAGCAAACAAAUAAUAAAUGAGGUAAGACGAACCGCACAGGUGGAAGAUCGCAAUGCUAUUUUCAAGGAUAGAUGUUGUUUCCACAGGACAAACGCUGGGGAAGUGAUGGCCUGGGCUGAGUCUGUGGAUACACUGCUAGCUAACAAAGAUGGCUUGGCAGCUUUUAGGACAUUUUUGAAGUCAGAGUUCAGUGAGGAGAAUGUGGAGUUCUGGCUGGCCUGUGAGGACUUCAAGAAAACCAAGUCUUCCGCUAAGAUUGCCUCAAAAGCCCGGAAGAUUUAUUCUGACUUUAUACAAGCUGAUGCUCCAAAGGAGAUUAAUAUUGACUUCCAUACCAAAAACCACAUCUCUCAGAACAUCUCUGAGCCCACCCUCAGCUGCUUUGAUGAUGCUCAGAGGUUAGUCUAUAGUCUCAUGGCAAAGGACUCUUUUCCCAGGUUUCUAAGGUCAGAAGUGUACAAGGAACUAGUAAAGAAGCAACAGAAUGGAAAUCAGAAGAGAUGGCUCCCAUUUUUGUGAGAAAAUACAUGAAGGAUUAUGAAUUUGUAAAUGUCUCCCAUUGCAACUCCGCACAGAUACUAUUUUUUUAAAGUGAUUGUACAACCAGAGCUAAGAAUUGCCUUUGCCAACGGGUUUUUGAGUAUGAUAUGCACUUGAUACUUUCUAAUAAGAGUGGAGAAAUAGUCAAGAAACAGGCCAGAAUAUGCUAAGACAUUUGAGAUACCUUUUCAAUAGCUUGCCACUGAUAAUUUUUCCAGUGUUUGCUUUAUUUGUUACACUAUUGUCACGUUUUUAAGCACAAAGUUUUGGUUUUCUGGUUUGCUGUUGAUUUUCCUUUAGGAAUAUGGCCUGGAAAAUAAAUUCCUUCAGGGGACUUGAAUACAUUUACUCAUUCAUUAACCAUCUUAUUUGUAGUUUGUAAAAAACCUUAACAUCCUCUUUUAAACAUGUAUUUUACCAACUCAAAACAGAAGUAGAAAUGUAGAUAACACACUAUGAUCAUAUUUAACAAAUAGGCAGCUGCUUUAUAACAAAUGUUCCUGGCAUUCAGAGCAAAUGAAUGUUUCAUAAUACAGCUGUCUGCAACACGACUCUCUUCAAUUUUCUUUGUGUUUAUUUAGUUGGAAUUUGUUUUAAAUUUGUAUUGAAAAGUCUCAUUUAUUAAUUGCCUCGGCAUUUUGGAAAACACUA